AUGUCGAAUUCAAGUCCCUACGGGCCUGGGGAGGGCUCCGAGCGUGAUCCAUCGCUCUCUCAGGGAGAGGAGAAACGUGGAGGAGAGGAGGAGAUGAGGAAGGAGGAGGGCAAGAAGAUACAAAGUGUAAAAGAAGGUGACGGAGGAGGUAGAGAGGGGGAGAACCAAGCUCCUCGAGCCGAGGAGUCACGUGAAGCGUCGGGAGGAGGAAGACGACGAUAUCUCGACGAUGAUGAUGCUCCCCAGGACCAUGACGACGGCGGCAGCGCCGCCGCCGACAACGACGGGUACCUAACGCCGACGUCUCCGCAGCACAGUAUCCCCUCCGACCCACCGUGCCCGCUGGCGCCGAGGAAGAGGAAGUUACGGCCGCGGCGGCGGUGGCAGAAGCUUAAGGUCGGCGAUCAGGAACUCCACCGGAUCGUCCGGCGGCGCCUCCACCUCCCCGAGGAAGUCGAGCUACUUCUCUUCCCAGUUGUCAACGAUCAAAUUGCCUGA